GAAUACAUCUCUCGCGAGAUUCUGCGAAAAGUGCGUUAGACUUUUUUUAUAAACAAUAAACAAAACCUUCCCCCCCCCCCUUUUUUAUAUUUUUAUUAUUUCCUAUAUGACCAUGAGAGAAAUUGUCCAUUUACAAACCGGCCAGUGUGGUAACCAAAUAGGUGCCAAAUUUUGGGAAGUUAUUUCAGACGAACACGGUAUCGACUAUACUGGAACUUAUAAUGGUGACUCCGACCUUCAAUUAGAAAGAAUCUCUGUAUACUAUAAUGAAGCUUCUGGUGGUAAAUAUGUACCACGCGCUGUUCUCGUUGACCUUGAACCUGGUACCAUGGACUCCGUUCGUGCUGGUCCUUUUGGACAACUAUUUCGUCCAGAUAACUUCGUUUUUGGACAAAGUGGUGCAGGAAACAAUUGGGCCAAAGGUCACUACACCGAAGGUGCCGAACUUGUAGAUUCCGUAUUAGAUGUUGUUCGCAAAGAAGCGGAAUCUUGUGAUUGUUUGCAAGGUUUCCAGAUUACUCACUCCCUCGGCGGUGGUACUGGAGCUGGUAUGGGUACUUUACUCAUCUCAAAAAUCCGCGAAGAAUAUCCGGACCGUAUGAUGUGCACGUUCUCAGUGGUUCCAUCACCAAAGGUAUCUGAUACUGUCGUCGAACCAUAUAACGCAACAUUGUCAGUACAUCAACUAGUUGAGAAUUCUGAUGAAACAUUCUGUAUUGACAAUGAAGCUUUAUAUGACAUUUGCAUUCGAACUUUGAAACUAAAUACUCCAACUUAUGGCGAUCUCAACAAUUUGGUAUCUGCUGUUAUGAGUGGAAUUACAACAUGUUUACGAUUCCCAGGUCAACUAAAUGCUGAUUUGAGAAAAUUGGCUGUCAAUAUGGUGCCUUUUCCACGUCUUCACUUCUUCAUGGUCGGAUUUGCACCUUUGUUUCCUCGUGGAUCUCAAGGUUAUCGCGCCUUGACUGUUCCAGAAUUAACACAGCAAAUGUUCGAUGCUAAGAACAUGAUGGCUGCCUCAGAUCCUCGACACGGUCGUUACUUGACUGUUGCUGCUAUGUUCAGAGGUCGCUGUUCAAUGAAGGAAGUUGACGAUCAAAUGUUAUCCGUCCAAACUAAGAACAGUUCAUAUUUUGUUGAAUGGAUCCCCAAUAACGUCAAAACCGCUGUUUGUGACAUUCCACCAAAAGGUCUUAAAAUGUCAGUUACUUUCAUUGGUAAUUCGACAUCUAUUCAAGAACUUUUCAAACGUAUCAGUGAUCAAUACACUGCUAUGUUUAGACGUAAGGCUUUCUUGCAUUGGUAUACAGGAGAGGGUAUGGAUGAAAUGGAAUUCACUGAGGCUGAAUCUAACAUGAAUGAUUUGGUAUCCGAAUACCAGCAAUACCAAGAGGCCACAGUGGAAGAGGAAGAAGGGGAGUACGAAGAGGAGGAACUUGAGCAGGAUGCCGAAUAAUUUACAUUUUUACCAUAAUUACGCAUUCAUAUUUCAAAACAUCAUUCUAUUUUUUUUCAAUUUUUUUUUUUCAAUCAAUUAUCUUAAAAUAGAUUUUAUUAAGUUAAAAAUAAUCAAUCAAUUUUACAUUUGAAUACAAUGUAUUAUUCUUUUUCUUUUAGAAUUAACUUUACUAUUGAAAAAAUUAGCAAAAUAACGAUAAUAAAAAUAUCUUAAAAUAAAAUUUAUAAAACAUGUAU